AUGUCGCUAAAGCAGCCCCCUCUUGGUCGCACUGAUCUUUCCCGAUGGAGGCUACGAGUCUCUGACGGUGGUCGACACGUAUGGCACUAUCUUCGCGACGAUGCCGAGUGCAAAGCAUGGCCCCAAUCCAUCGAGGACAGGUACUGGCUCGGUCUCCCUACCGACCUGCCCGAACUCUCUAAAGCCAAGACGCCGCUUGACGCGGCCAAGAACGGCCUGUCGUUCUAUCGCCACCUCCAAUCUAGCGAUGGUCAUUGGGCGGGCGAGUACGGCGGUCCCAUGUUCCUGCUACCUGGCCUCAUCAUUGGCAUGUAUGUUACCAAAACCCCCAUUCCGGAAGAAUGGAGAAUCGAAAUAGCACGCUACCUCUGGAAUCGUGCCGACAAGGCUGACGGUGGUUGGGGCAUUCACAUCGAAGGCUGCUCCACCGUCUUUGGCACCGCUCUCAAUUAUACCGCGCUGCGUCUCAUUGGUGUCCCCGCUGACCACCCGAUGAUGGUCAAGGCGCGCGGUACACUUCACAAGCUUGGUGGUGCGGCAGGCAUCCCAUCGUGGGGCAAAGUCUGGCUCGCCAUCCUCAACUGCUACGAAUGGGAGGGCGUGAAUCCCGUCCCUCCAGAGCUGUGGUUGCUGCCGGACUGGUUGCCCAUGCAUCCAUGGAGAUGGUGGAUUCACACCCGCAUGGUGUACAUGCCCACGGGAUAUCUAUGGGGGAGAAAAUUUAAGGCCGAGAUGGACCCGCUCAUCGCCUCGUUGCGAGAGGAGCUGUUUGUGCAGCCAUAUGAGUCGAUCAACUGGCCCGCGCAAUCUGGCAACAUCGCGGCUGUCGAUAUCUUCUACCCGCACACCAAGACGCUCAAGGCGCUCAUGGCGCUCGUCAGAACCUAUGAUAGCUGCCACAUUCCUGCUUUGAGGAGAGCGGGCAUCAAGAAAGCCUACGAAUUGCUCUCGUGGGAGGACGAGAACACUUCGUACCAGUGCGUGGGUCCUGUCAACAAGAUGCUCAACUAUGUGGCGCGCUGGGACGCUGAGGGCCACGACAGUCACGUUAUGCGCAUGCAUCGCGAGAAACUCAAGGAUUUUAUGUGGGUUGGACCCGAGGGCAUGAUGAUGACCGGCACCAACGGCAGUCAGCUGUGGGACACGGCGUUCAUAGCGCAAGCCAUGGUCGAUUCGGGUCUGGCUGCAUCGAUAGAGAACCGCCAGUUGACGCAGAAGCUGCUCGACUGGCUCGACGAGUGCCAGAUCCGCGAGAACCCGCAGCAUUUCGAGAAAUGCUACCGUUUCGCCACCAAGGGCGCCUGGCCCUUCUCCACCAAGGAACAAGGCUACGUCGUAUCAGACUGCACUGGAGAGGGACUCAAAGCGGUCAUCAUGCUGCAGGAAAACGUGCCCUACCUGUCCAAGCAGGUUUCGCGUCAACGAAUGCACGACUCAAUCGACCUUCUGCUCACCAUGCAGAACCCAGGCGGCGGCUUUGCGUCGUACGAGACCAUCAACGGCCCGGCGCUGCUCGAGAUGAUCAACCCCGCUGAGGUUUUUGGCGACAUCAUGAUCGAAUACGCCUACCCCGAGUGCACCACUUCGGUCGUCACGGCGCUGCUCAAGUUCACCCAGAUCGACGACUAUCGUAAAGCGGAUAUCCAAAAAUGCGUCGAGAGCGCCGUCAAGUACAUCCUCAAGGCGCAGAGACCCGACGGAAGCUGGUUCGGCUCUUGGGCAAUCUGUUUCACGUAUGCAACCAUGUUUGCCGUCGAGAGUCUCAUGUUGGCGGGACACACGUAUGAGAACAGCCCGGUGAUCAGGAAGGCGUGCGAAUUCUUGGAGAGCAAGCAGAUGGACGACGGCGGGUGGGGCGAGACGUACAAGUCAUGCGAGACGGGAGUAUAUACGCAUGCGAAAAAAUCGCAGGUGGUGCAGACGGCUUGGGUGGUAAUCACGCUACUGCACGCCAAGUACCCGCACAAGGACCGCAUCAAGAAGGCGGUCAAGGUCAUCAUGGAUCGCCAGCUGGCCGAUGGGUCUUGGGCACAAGAACAGAUCGAGGGUAUCUUUAACAGCUUCACGAUUUGGGCGUUGGGUAAAGCGGCGCGCGAGCUCGAGUGGGGCUCGUAG